AUGUUCCAUUUCAUUGCUUAUAAAAAAUCUUAUAAAGUGGAGGAUAUUAUUCAAAAAAAAUUUUUUGUUCAGGAACUUUUCAAGUUACACAACAAACCUAGAAUAAAUGAUUAUCAUGUAAUGUAUAUGGCUAUUAAAUUACAGAUGGCAAUAUGUCAUAAUCCUCAAGCAAACGGACAGGUUGGAAAAGUUAAACAAAUUUUAACAGUAAAUAUCACUUCUGUUUUAAAUCCACACGGGAGUGAAUGGUUAAAUGUACUAUCAAUGAUUGAGUUUGUAUAUAAUAACAUCUAUCAAUCUACAAUUAAGUCAAGUCUACCUUUAGCAUAUUAUCUUCAGGCUCUUCCUAAAUUUGCAUUAUCCCAUGUUGAAGAGCUUGUCAAUAGUGCUGUGCAAGUGAAAGACCUCUUGACUUAUAAUAUAGCAAAGGAUCAAGAAUACCAGCCUGAAAGAGCCAAUGCUAAAACCCUGAGACCAGGCUUCAAGAUUGAACAGAAUGUUUUGAUCCAUCGAGAAGUGUAUCAAAUGCCCUACGCUGGUGAUAAACUUCAAUUUUAA